UUGAAACUCAAUAUUGAAGCAGGGACGCGAAUAAUAAAAAAAACUUUCAGCACAAGUAUCAGAAGCAAUGCACGUAACGUUACAACGACAGCCCAGAAAAGACAAGGCCAAUCCUAUGAUCUAUCAGAUCCAAAAGUCUUGGCAUUACAUAAAUUGUAUCGAAUUGAGCGGGUAACACCCACUGCCAAAGGCUAUGCAAUCCUGAAAAAUCCGCGAUUUAAUAAGGAUAUGGCUUUCAACUUGCGCGAACGUCACUAUCUUGGCAUACUUGGUCUACUUCCUCCUGCUGUUAUGACUAUGGAACAACAAAAAUAUAGGGAAAUGAAAAGAAUUCGUGAAGCAAAGGACCCGCUCUUGAAGUACAUGUUUCUUGACGACUUGCAAAAUCGAAAUGAAAAGCUGUUUUUUCAACUUUUGCAUGACUACGUAAAGGAACUCAUGCCACUUGUUUACACGCCAGUCGUAGGCACAGCUUGCCAAAAGUUCGGACACAUUUUUCGACAUCCAAAAGGCGUUUAUAUCACAAUUAAUGACAACAGCAUUACCAAGAUCUAUCGAAUACUAAGCAAUUGGCCAUUUCGUGAUAUAAGAGCUAUCGUUGUCACAGAUGGAGAAAGAAUCUUAGGCCUUGGUGAUCUUGGUGCUUAUGGCAUGGGUAUCCCCAUAGGGAAACUUUCCCUAUAUGUCGCAUUAGGAGGAAUCAGGCCAAGAUGGUGUUUACCGGUGACUUUGGAUGUUGGCACAAAUAACGAAAAACUUCUAAAGGAUCCGCUAUACACUGGACUACGAAGGAAACGCGUACGAGGGGAGGAAUACGAUCGCCUUAUCGACAAUUUCUUGAAAGCUGUA